CCAAUAGAAUUUCCAAAUGCACUUUAAAAACGAACAGUCUUCGUUUUUAAAGAACGAACAUAAAUAUCUCGCAUACUCUGCAAUCUUAAUAUAGAAAACUAUUGUUGAAUUUUUAAACCGGUGAUGUUUGGCAUUAUUACUACACACGGAAUUCAUUAGAGAAUAUUUCAAUAUUUUCUACGAAAAUGCCGGGUUGCUGUGUGCCUGGUUGUAGUAAUUCAACCGCCAAAGGAUUUUCAAUGAGAAGUUUUCCUACAGAUCGCGAACGGAAAGCGUUAUGGAUUACCAAUAUUGGAGUACCAAAUUGGGAACCUAAAACAAAUAGUCGCAUAUGCGAAACACAUUUUUCUAAGGAUAUGUGGGAAAAAGUUCGCUGUGAUGGUAAACAGAAAUUAAAAUGUAAUGCUGUGCCCACAAUUUUUCCUUUUCAUCAACUGGAUCAAAAUAUUUUGUUCAGCAAUCAUGAUAAAGAUGAAAAUGAUGUUGACAGUGAUAAUUUGAUAAAUGAUAAAAAAAAUAAUAUAAAUUUACUUCCGAUAUCGCAAGUUUGUCUAAAUACAUCUAUGUCUACAAACAUGAAAGAAGAAAUAGAUUGGAAAAAACAGUGUGAGGAAUUAAGAGAUUUAUUGAGAAAGAGUGAACAAACGUGUAAAAAACUACGAAAUGCCAUGAAAAGACGCGAAGAAAUGUUUAAUAGAAUAAUAGUAAAAAGUGAUAGAUAUAGAAGAAUUUUGAAGGAACGUUUAAAAAGAUUGAGAGCAAGCAACCAAAAUUAUGAGAAAUUGAAAAUUAAUUUAAAAAAAGUCUUCAAUAAAGAUCAAAUUAUAAUUCUUAGUGGAAAUGAUUGUAAACGGUCCUAUGAGGCAAUUAUGAGAGCUAUUGACUCGAAACAUACAUGUGAUAAUAACAAAAUACAGUAAAAUGAUCACUUUUUAAGGCCCCAAAAAUGUUACAUAAGGAAAUUUAUUAAGUUGAAUAAGUUCUUGUUACAAAAGAUUUUAUUUGGUAAAUAACUUUUCUUAUAUUUUUCACAUAAUUUGUGCCAGUUUUUAUGCUAAAAUAAUUUAUGCAAGAUAAAAAUAAUAUGCUCUAAUUUAUUAUAUUAUACUUUAUUCACAUUUUUAUUCUUUGCUAUUAAAAUUUAUCAUUUUAAAAAUUAUCAAACGUAUAUAGAGGCGAUUGAUUAUUAAUUAUAUAGAGGUUAUUGGUUUAAAAAUCUAUAGUAUUGAUGUUAUACCAGCAAUCAAGGUAAAAUACAUUUUAAAUCAAUAUUUCUGAUUAAUGUCUUCAUAAA